CUUGCGUGGGAAGGCGGCUCUGUUGUCCCUGGCAGCAGUUGAAUGGAGGUUCUCAGCCUCGCGACCUCAUGGUAAAGAAAGUCCUUUCUCUGGUCCGACACGUAGCUUCCCUGGCCGCGUCAGAACAAGAGAACUACAUUUCCCAGGGGUCAGCGGGCCGCCCGGCGGCGUGGGGGCGGCGCCUCCCGUCUGGUACAGUCAUCCCAAACCUCUUCGGCGGGACUGUGAUGGCCGGAGAGAUGACGAUCUUAGGAUCAGCUGUCUUGACUCUCCUGUUGGCUGGCUAUUUGUCACAACAGUAUUUACCAUUGCCUACUCCUAAAGUAAUUGGCAUUGAUCUUGGUACCACCUACUGCUCUGUUGGGGUGUUUUUUCCUGGCACAGGAAAAGUAAAGGUCAUUCCAGAUGAAAAUGGCCAUAUCAGCAUACCCAGUAUGGUGUCUUUCACUGACCAUGAUGUUUAUGUGGGAUAUGAAAGCUUAGAGCUGGCAGAUUCAAAUCCUCAAAACACAAUAUAUGAUGCCAAAAGAUUCAUAGGCAAGAUUUUUACUCCAGAAGAGCUGGAGGCUGAGAUUGGCAGAUACCCAUUUAAGGUUUUAAACAAAAAUGGAAUGGUUGAGUUUUCUGUGACAAGUAAUGAGACCAUCACCGUUUCCCCAGAAUAUGUUGGCUCUAGACUACUAUUGAAAUUAAAGGAAAUGGCAGAGGAAUAUCUUGGAAUGCCAGUUGCCAACGCAGUUAUUUCUGUGCCAGCAGAAUUUGAUUUAAAACAGAGAAAUUCAACAAUUGAAGCUGCUAACCUUGCAGGACUGAAGAUCUUAAGGGUAAUAAAUGAACCCACAGCGGCAGCUAUGGCCUAUGGUCUCCACAAGGCUGAUGUCUUUCAUGUCUUGGUGAUAGAUUUGGGCGGAGGAACUCUAGAUGUGUCAUUACUGAAUAAACAAGGAGGAAUGUUUCUAACCAGGGCAAUGUCAGGAAACAAUAAACUUGGAGGACAGGACUUCAAUCAGAGAUUGCUUCAGUACUUAUAUAAACAGAUCUAUCAAACAUAUGGCUUCCUACCCUCUAGGAAAGAGGAAAUUCACAGAUUAAGACAAGCUGUGGAAAUGGUCAAAUUAAAUCUGACUCUUCAUCAAUCUGCUCAAAUGUCAGUGUUACUAACAGUAGAGGAAAAGGACAAGAAGGAAACUCCGAGUAGUGACACUGAACUGUCAAAGGACAGACUGUCCCCAGCAGAUGGUCACCAUGUGAGCAGCAUGUUUGGAGCUGGCCUUUCUGAAAAGAAAAGUGGAGAAAGUCAGGUUUUAUUUGAAACAGAAAUAUCACGGGAGCUCUUUGACACCCUAAAUGAAGAUCUCUUCCAGAAAAUACUGGUACCCAUUCAGCAAGUAUUGAAAGAAGGCCACCUGGAGAAGACUGAAGUUGAUGAGGUGGUAUUGGUUGGGGGCUCUACUCGUAUUCCUCGAAUCCGUCAAGUCAUUCAGGAGUUCUUUGGAAAGGAUCCCAACACGUCUGUAGACCCUGACCUGGCAGUGGUGACGGGAGUGGCUAUCCAAGCAGGGAUUGAUGGAGGUUCUUGGCCUCUUCAAGUCAGUGCUUUAGAAAUUCCCAAUAAGCAUUUACAAAAGACCAAUUUCAACUGAAUUUUGGAAGAAUGAUUAUUUGUGAUCUUAUCAGGCCACCUCCUCAAAAAACAAAGUGUCUAAACUAUCUCAAAAAUUUACCUAAAAGGCAACAUUUAGAUAUACAAAAUUUACAUAACAUUUGUUUUAAGAUUUAAUGUGACCAGAUUGAUCCUGUUUGAUUUUUGGAGAGGUCCCAUUCCUGAAAUACUUCUAAAAUGAUAGGAGCAUGGAUGGCUAUAUUUUCUGGAUUCUGGAAGUAGAUAACCAUAUGCACUUAAAAUUGUUUUCUGUGAACAUUGUCUACUGCCAAUUAAUUUACUUGAUUAUCACAUGUAACUAAUAAUUUGAACUAUACUUGAAGGAUGGUGUUGAUGUCAGGUAUUAGCAUUGGCUGGGAGAUAGAAGUAUUAAUAUAAGCUAUAUGUGUGAUAUUCAAUAAUUGCCAUAUUAUAUAACAAAAUUACUUUCACAGAUUCAAUACCCCAUUAUGUAUCUAUUCAUGUAAUCUGCAUUCUCCAGAUUUUUCAAAUACAUUCAUUGGAUAUAUUUCUCUUUCUGAAAUAGCUAUAGAUUUAUUCAAAUGUUCCAAUAGCAGAUAGUAGAAAAUACCCAAUUUAUAUAUUCUAGUUCCUUUAUCUGCUGUGCAUCAUUCGCUGCUUGGAUUUCCAUGAUUCUGCCUGGUUAGCAAACAAUGGGGAGUUUUUAAUAGCCUUUUUAAAAUACAUUCAUGUGACAAUAAAACCAUUGUUACUGUCAGUUUUUGUUAUUCAAGAUUUUUGCAGACAUUGAUAAAUAGCAGGAAUUAGCUACAGUAUUUGUUUUAUGUUUUUGUUUUGUUUCUUUGCUUAUUUUCAGUUAGUCCUGGGUAAUGUAGCUGGUAUCUGAUUCAGUUUUACUGAGAUUUUUCCCCAUAUUUAGUUUUGAAUGAGGAAAAACAUGCUCACUUAUAAAAACCUUGCUAUUAUUUCCUACUGUCAUUUUAAAAUAGUCACACUUGGACAAUUUUUAGCCUUAAGGUUAGUGUAUGAAGAGAUAAAAAGACCCGUGGAUAUUGGAAGUAAUGUGGAAAUCUAAUAUGGAAGACAAUGUGAAAAAUUUCUACCAAUCAGCAUUAGUAGCAGUUUUGUUUUGGUCUAUUUCCUUUUAGGAAAGCUACAGGGACCAAGAAAGAAAAUAUAGCAGUUUUGUUUCUGUGAUGCUCAUGUUUUUUCCUUAAUAGAGGCAUGCUUUAUAUCAUUAUUAAAAAAUUAUAUUCUGGUCAGUAUUUUUGUUAAAUUUUGUCUACCUUAUCCAUUGUUAAAUUUGACAGGAUGUUGAAUUUUCAGUUACUGAAAAAGAACUGAGUAAACUCAUUUCAGCAACAUCAGAACAUUUCAACUUCUCAAUUAAAAGCUAAAUGUUAACACUUCUUUGCAGAUCUAUAAAACUUCCGUAGCAAUGAAAUUUCAAACACUUUGUGUACAGAAAAUGUCUGAAGUAGAUAGAAAAAUAUAAAAUGUUCGUUGAUGUAUUUUAUUUUAGAACUAAUGGAGAAAUGCCAAAGAUGAAACCUUCACUGCAUUGUGAAAAUAUUCAAGUGUUCUCUUGGACUUCAUAUAAAUCUUUAAUAGAUUUUAAAACUGAAAACAAUCUUUUUAUGAAGCUCUUUAAAGUGUUCAAUUUCUCAAAAUCUCUACAUACAGAAUCAGCUUUAACCUAAAGCGUUUUAAGAUGUUUUUUUUAAACCUGAAUUUCUCCAAAAUAAGAGAUAGUUUAGGACAAUCUGAUAAUAUUUUUUUAGAGGAAACAAUUUCAAAAUAGGGCAAUGAAUCUCAUACUCUAAAAUUGGAAUUUAAAUAACUUGAUUGUGUUUGAAAAUUGUGAUGGCAGUGUUGGAAUUGGGGCAAUAGUUUAGCAUAUUCUCUAGUAUAGUUUCAACUUUAAAAGAUGAAGUAAUGUCUGUCUUCAAUCAUUUUAGCAGGCUAUAUAUAGACGGCAUCAAUGUAGCUUAUUUAAAAGAUAAAAAUGGAUUCUAAAACUGAUCAUUUAUGUAUAAGAAUAUGAAGACAUUCUUCAUAAAACAAACAUUACAUUUUAGCUAUACAAUUAGCUAGUGUUUUUUGAGGUAUAUAACUUUUAAAAUAUUAGAUGUCUUGUAUAAUUAGAUUAUGUGAAUGAGUAAUUUAUUUUAUAUCAGGAAUGUUUUGGUACUGUGUUUUCACUCAAACCACUGAUGUAUCUACGGAUAGUACUGUGUAAUAUGUACAUAACAGAUUGUGCCUCUUAAAUUUGUGUGUAUACAGGUCAUUCAUAUUUUAAUGUAAAUAAAUAUGACUUUGCAGUUUGUUUUAA